AUGGCUGGCCCAGAUCAAAUCCAUGAUACUUCAUUACCCAUUAGAGAGCGGAUGGAAGCGCUUGUCCGUUUGAAGCAACAAGAAAUUACCAAAGCAAUAGCAGACUUGGACACUGUUACAUUCCACACUGAUGCAUGGACAAGAGGUAACAACGGUGGUGGUGGCCAAUCGAUGGUUUUGCAAAAUGGUACAACUUUUGAAAAAGGCGGUGUCAAUAUCUCGGUGGUGCAUGGAAAAUUGCCUCCUCAAGCUGUUGAGAGAAUGAGAGCCGACCACUCCAAUUUAAGAGGAAGCAGUAAAGACGGAAGUGUUGAUUUUUUUGCUUGUGGUUUGUCGCUUGUUAUCCACCCAAUAAAUCCUCAUGCACCAACAACACACUUGAACUAUAGGUACUUUGAAACCACGGACCCAGACACGAACGAGGUUCAGACCUGGUGGUUUGGUGGUGGUGCUGAUUUGACACCUUCCUAUCUAUACGAGGAGGACGCCAAACUUUUCCAUCAAAAGCACAAGGAUGCCUUGGACAAAUACGAUGAAACAUUGUUUCCUAAAUACAAGAAGUGGUGUAAUGAGUACUUUUUGAUCAAACACAGAGGAGAGACUCGUGGGGUAGGUGGUAUUUUCUUUGAUGACUUUGAUUCCAAACCGGCGGAUGAAAUUUUGAAGAUUGUAGAGAGCUGUUUCGAUGCUUUUAUUCCAGCAUAUUGCCCAAUCAUUGAAAAACGUAAGGAUACGCCAUUCACACCUGAGCAAAAAAAUUGGCAACAGAUUAGAAGAGGAAGAUACGUUGAAUUCAACUUAGUUUUGGAUAGAGGCACUCAAUUUGGUUUGCAAACUCCAGGUUCCAGAGUUGAGAGUAUAUUAAUGUCGUUGCCUGCCACCGCAAGUUGGGUCUACGACCAUCAUCCUGAACCUGGCUCUGAGGAAGAUAAAUUGUUGCAAGUUUUAAAAAACCCAGUAGACUGGGUUUAG